AAAAAUAAUGCUAAAAACUAGUUCAGAAAACAGAGAAAUUGAGCUUGAAGCUGAAAGCUGAGACAAGCAAGUGUUUCCAAUCUCAAUCUCACAAAAAGGUUAUAUAAGUUUUCUCUUCUAAUAAUCCAAAAUCUCUUUAUUUUUCUCUCAAAUUCUAGCUUAUAAUAGCUUUGGGUUCUUUGAAUUAUCAACUGGGGUAUCAAGUAUCAAUUUUUUUUUUUUUAUGGUUAGGGAGUUGGUUCAAGUUUAAACAUGUGAAAGCCAGCAUCUUUAUGCAAAAUUUUCUAUAUUUUUCUCCUUUUUCUUUACCUGGAUUUGAAUUUUUUUUAAGAAAUGAAUUCGAAUAUUGGAAAAGGAUCCAUGUCAACUGCUAGCUCAAGUGCUGCUUGGAAAGCAGGAGAUGUAGUUCCUGAUCGGUUUCCUGCUGGUUUGCGUGUGCUUGUUGUUGAUGAUGACCCAACAUGUCUCAUGAUCUUGGAAAAGAUGCUAAGAACCUGCCUUUAUGAAGUUACCAAAUGCAAUCGAGCAGAGACUGCAUUGUCUAUGCUACGAGAGAACAAAAAUGGGUUUGAUAUCGUUAUCAGUGAUGUCCACAUGCCGGACAUGGAUGGAUUCAAACUUCUUGAGCAUAUUGGUUUGGAGAUGGACCUCCCUGUUAUCAUGAUGUCAGCAGAUGAUGGAAAACAUGUUGUUAUGAAGGGUGUUACACAUGGUGCCUGUGAUUACCUAAUCAAACCAGUUCGUAUCGAGGCACUGAAGAACAUAUGGCAGCAUGUGGUUCGGAAGUGGAAGAACGAGUGGAAGGACUUUGAGCAAUCAGGAAGUGUCGAAGAAGGAGAUAGGCAGCAAAAACAAUCUGAAGAUGCAGAUUACUCAUCCUCAGCUAAUGAAGGGAAUUGGAAAAGCUCAAAAAAGAGGAAGGAUGAUGAAGAUGAAACUGAUGAGAGGGAUGAUUCAUCCACGCUAAAGAAGCCGAGGGUUGUCUGGUCUGUUGAGCUCCAUCAACAGUUUGUUGCAGCAGUUAAUCAACUAGGCAUUGACAAGGCUGUCCCAAAGAAAAUUUUGGAGUUGAUGAAUGUUCCUGGCCUUACCAGAGAAAAUGUUGCCAGCCACCUUCAGAAAUAUCGCUUGUAUCUGAGAAGGCUGAGUGGGGUAUCACAGCACCAGAAUUCUUUUAUGAGCCACCAAGAAGAAACUUUUGGGCCACUGUCUUCACUCAACGGUCUUGAUCUUCAAACCCUUGCUGCCACUGGUCAACUUCCUGCAGAAAGUCUUGCCACACUCCAAGCAGCAGGACUUGGUCGGUCAACUGCUAAAUCUGGCGUGCCUAUGGCCCUUGUUGAUCAAAGAAACAUUUUUAGCUUUGAAAAUCCGAAGUUAAGAUUUGGAGAAGGGCAGCAACAACAUAUUAAUGGUAAUAAUAAGCAAAUAAAUUUACUUCAUGGAAUUCCAAUGACCAUGGAGCCGAAGCAGCUUGUUGGCUUGCACCACACUGCACAAUCAAUAGGAAACGUAAAUAUGCAAGUAACUUCCCAUGGUGCACAAAGUGGCCAAAACAAUUCUUUACUGAUGCAGAUGGGUCAGCCACAGUCAAGAGGGCAUAUACUCAAUGAUGCCACUGUUGGUCAUGCUCCCAGGCUUCUCUCAUCCAUGGGGCAGCCUAUAUUAUCAAAUGGAAUUGCUGCCAAUGUCUCUACAAGGAAUAGAAUUCCGGAGAAUAUCAGAGCCCCUGGUUAUAAUCCAGUUUCACAGGCCUCUUCAAUGUUGAAUUUCCCCAUGAAUCAUGCUUCAGAACUACCUGGUAAUAUUUUGCCUCUUGGAAGUACACCAGGGAUGUCUAGUCUCACAUCCAAAGGGACUUUUCAGGAAGAUGUUAACUCGGAAAUUAAAGGAUCAGGGGGAUUCAUGCCAAGUUAUGACAUAUUUAACGACUUAAAUCAACAUAAACCCCAAAGUUGGGAGCUACAAAAUGUAAGCAUGACAUCUGAUGCCUCUCAGCGUUCAAACUCUCUUCAAGGCAACCUUGAUCUUACUCAAUCAGUUUUAGUUCAACAAGGAAUUUCUUCUGGCCAAAUGAAUGGACAGAACAGGAGUGCAGCUGUUGUAAGCAAGGCAAUGUGCUCAGCAGGAGAUUUUUCGGAGCAAAGGAAUGCACAAAAUGUUAAUCAGCAUUUCAACACCCUUCUUGUUGACAAUACAAUAAGGGUGAAGUCUGAGAUAGUUGCUGAUGUGAGCCCUGCCAAUCUAUUCCCUGAUCACUUUGGACAAGAGGAUCUCAUGAGUGCUCUUCUGAAACAGCAAGAAGGCAUUGCCCCAGCUGAAAAUGAGUUUGACUUUGAUGGGUAUUCCAUGGAUAACAUUCCAGAGUAGAGGAUCUUCCAUGCUCCAGUUCUCUUCAUGAUUGCAUUUUCUGAUGUACAUACACACUGUAACGGAAAUAUCACCUCUGCAGUCAGUCAGUGAGACCUCAAGUUUGUGUUUCUUCCUGAAACCGCGUUUGCUUAGUUUCCGGAACUGCAUCUUCCCUUGUGAAUAUCGUGUUGUUUGGGUUUCUUUUGAACGUAACAGCAACAGAUAAUCAGGAUGGGAAACGUUUAAGAUACGUCUGCGUGAUAUGCAAAGGCGGUCAUGCAAAAUUUUGAUUGUUUUUGGUAGCAAAUCUGGCAGAAUGAACUAAUUUUAGGCUGCUUUUGAAGUUGUCCGGUAAGAUUCAUGUCAAGUUGUCAAAGAUUGUUUCUAGACACCAAUAGGCCUAGGAGACUAUUUAACUCUAAUAACAGACAAACUUUGCUUUUUUUUUUAUUCUCCAAUCUCCCUUCUGUCCUGCCAUGGGCAGGGGAGGGUGCUGCUAUCCCAUCUCCUUUUUGUUUUCUUCAAUUGCCUUUUCACAAAGACUCGACUGUCAUGUACGUACAUCACAUAAGUCUGGGUAUUCAUUUCUGGCUAUUUUCUAGCCCUUAAUUUUCAUGGGAUCCUGGAUUCUAUCUUACAUAGACCAUUUCUCUAGGCAUAAGUGUUAUGCCAAUCUUGCAACCUACACUAUCCUAGACCGUCUAGUAUAAUGUCAGAAUUAUGGAGUCUUGAUAUCACUGUGUUCCAAAAGCAGGAGAGCUUUGAAAAUUCAUCAUGAGACCACAAAUAGAAAAUACUUUUUACACUGCAGAUUUCAAGCCAUAACUUAAAAUUUUGAAAUUUAUCUUCGAAUAAGAUUUCAGUCUAGUAUGGCAUCGGAUAAGAUUUCAGUCUAAUAUGGCAGUAAGCCUUGUAAAAUGGGCUUCUAAAUUGACAUUUCCUCUUAUCUUGUCAUUUGAUAUUAAAUCAUGACAAAUCCAAAAAGAAAAAAAAGAUAACUAUUGGUUAAAGCAGAUCAUAAAGGAAUAAUCAAUGUCUUAGGAUUUAUAAGAACUAAACCAGCAAUCAUCACGAAAGAAUUAUGUAGGUUGCAGACAACACUGAUUUUUCUUUUUUUUAAAAAAUAAUUUUAUCUUCUUAUUUCGGAUUUUGUGAAGAUUUCUAGUUUAAUUCCUAUAAAUUCUAAAACAUUGAUUAUUCUUUUAUGAUCU